CUAAGAGACUGGUUCAAAAGCGGGAGGGCGCCACUUGACGCCAUGUUCUCCACGAAGAAAUGGGCGGAGAUGCGGCAGAUGCAACUUAAUUACAGCCAAGACCUGCAGGAGAACUCAAGUGUGGACACCGGCCGUACGCAGCGUGUGGCAAUUGGUUUGGUUGGCCUGGCGGUCUUCGUUGUCAUCGUGGUUUUAGGGUCGCACACAGCAAGUCCUGCACGAGCUUCUGCCCGCGACGUGGUCAAGUUUGAGGCUGUGGAUGGAAGUGCUGAGAAGCAAAGCUCCUCCGUGGAGGAGAGGGAAAAGGUGUCUGUGCAGGUAGAGGAGAUGCAGUCGCAGGUUGCGCAGAUACAAGAGAAGCUCGAGUUCUUGAAGUCCGCCCUGGAUUCCUGCGGCGCG